AUGCCUUUCGACCAAAUCCAGCAGUGGGCGAAGAAGCGUACUGACAAGAAGUCGAGUGAGGACCUUCAAUCGUCACCCACUUACGAGGCGGAACCACCAGCCACCAUGGAGGGACCACCCGCCUUCAUGGCGCGCAGAAGCACAGCUACGUUCUUCACUCCAGAAGGCCGUAGAAACUACGUGAUCGAGCAUCUGCGCCUCGAUCCCGCCACUGCCGCAACGUAUGAGCAAGCCAUCAACGAUGGCAGCCACAUGGUCGGAAGAAAUGGCUAUGGUGAGCUACGGGAGGUCGACCAGUACGAACUUGACUACUGGAUGACAAAAGAGCGCGGCAAGAACCUUUAUCGCUUCAAGAAAGGAGUGAAUCUUGUCAAGGUCCCAGAGGGGUUCCUCAUCUACUUGGACGAGAUGAGCAAGGCACGAAGACGUGGGGAGAUUGAGAAGGAGAUCGUUGUGCUGCAGGAGAAGGCGCAACGAAAGUACUACCCGGGGCUGAAUAGAAUCAUGCAUACUGAUUAUCGGUACAAGAUCGGCAGACUGGAAAGAGAGCUUGUCGACAUCCAGGCCAUUGGAGAGCGCCGGGGUCUUAACAACUGGUAA